CAGCUGCGCGCAGUCCGUCUCGCCGCGCCGCCCUCUCCGUGUUGCCGCCUGCUCCACGGGCCGCCACACCUUGGUUCGCGCCGUACAGCCAGCCGUCACACCCAGCGGCGACGAUGCGGUGGUGGCUGGUGGUGGCGCUGGUGGCGUGGUGCGCGGCGGCGGCGUGCCGGGCGCAGGCGUCGUUCCGCGACUACCGCGCGCUCAGCAGCAACUUCACGCGCCUGCUCGACACGCUGCUCGACAAGGAGCGCUACGACAAGCGGCUGCGGCCCGACCUCGGAGGACCUCCACUCAGCGUCACAGUGAACAUCCUCAUCAAAACCAUGAGUGAAGUCUCUGAGGGAGAUCAGCACUACACGCUGGACUGCUACUUCCGGCAGACGUGGACGGACCGCCGGCUCACGUUCGACUUCCCGGGCCUGGACGAGUUCUCGCUGUCCUGGCUGUUCCUGGACCGCGUCUGGAAGCCGGACACGUUCUUCCUCAACGGCAAGAAGUCGCACCUGCACCGCAUCAGCGUGCCCAACAAGUUCCUCCGGCUGCGGCACGACGGUCUCCUCACCUACUCCAUGAGGCUGACAAUCCAGGCUCGAUGUCCCAUGCAUCUUCGCAAGUUCCCACUGGACUCGCAAGCUUGCCCGUUGGUCAUUGGAAGCUACGGCUACCGGUCGUCGGACUUGGUGUACCGCUGGCUGGGCGGCAGCUCCAGCGUCGUGGCGGAGGGCGUCGAGCUGGCCCAGUACGACCUGGUGCGCGUCACCACCAAGGAGAACAUCAGCGUCUUUUUCGGCGACGACGAGUACUCGGUGCUGCGGUGCGUGUUCAGCAUGAAGCGGCGCACGGGCUACUACAUGCUGCAGGUGUUCCUGCCCUGCGGACUCAUCGUGUGCUGCUCCUGGGUCGCCUUCUGGAUAGACCCGGACGACGUGCCCGGCCGCGUCGCUAUGGGUGUGAUGACGGUGCUGUCGAUGGCCAACAUGGGGUUCGGAGGUCGCGCGCAGAUGCCGCGCGUCUCGUACGCCACGGCGCUGGACUACUUCGUCAUCCUGUGCUUCUCCUUCGUCUUCGCCGUCGUCAUAGAGUACGCCGCCAUCAACUUCAUCGACAAGACGCAGCUGGACGCCACUCGCAGCCAGAAGAUGAAGAAGCCCAAGAGCACUGCAGCACCUGAAGGACCUCCGGCAGUGCCUGCUCUCGUUGUCGAGCUGGCAAACGAGGGAACACAGAAGGGCGAAUCCGCGGGCGAGGACAGCGGCCUGGAGACGGACGAGUUGCCCGCACGCAUGCAGCGCUCUGCCAGCCUCACGCACGCGCCCAGGGACUCCUCCGUUGACGCACCAGGCGGGUCGCUGAAGGCGCCAUCUGCUGCUGGUUUGCGGAGACGCAGUGAGGCGGCGCUGCUGUCGGUGCCCGGCCUCGCGCCAGUGCGCAGGCGCAGUGUGGCGGCCAUAGCGUCUCUGCGUGGCUCCAUCAUGGACCUGCGGAGGGCCGCCAGCUCGCUGCGGCGAGAGAAGGGCGACAAGUUCUCGCGCAUCGACAUGGCCGCGCGGAAGGCCUUCCCUGUCGCCUUUACCUUCCUGCUCGGCCUCUACUGGCUGCUCUACAUGUACUACGUCACCGACGAGCUGCCUCUCAAAGCUGCCGCCAGCUUGCUCAUGGGAGCACCCGUACCUGCCAACUAAUGUCACCUGAUCAACUACAUUCAGCACAUCUCGUACAAGCGUCUGCUGACAGGAGUCUUCACCGAGUAUGUGACUACAUGAUAUAGUUCUGCGGUGAUGAAGUCGACAGAUCCCACUCAGAAUGUUCGCCACUCAUGUGAUGACACUUGUGGAGCACCUGAGUAGAAAAACAGUGCCAGUUCUGGCAGAAAACAAACCACAUCAUUCUGCGCUCCCUGGUAACACCAGAAGACCACUAGUUACUGAUGGGUCCACUCUGUUACCUGUCUCCAGUUUUUAAUUCGCUAGUAUUUACACCUGACUGCUAUUGGGGGGAGGAGAAGGGUUGAGCCCCAGAAAUUCUGUAUUCUGCUAUUUUUGCAUAUUUAUACAUUCAUGUAAACAAGUGUCCUCUGGAACUUGCUGGCAGAUUGAAACUGUGUUCCAGACUGGGUCUCGAAGCUGGGACCUUGGCCAUUUGCAGGCAAGUGCUCUACCGACUGAGCUAUCCAAACAUGACUCACAAACUUGCCCCCACAGCUUUACUUCUGUCAGUAGCUCGUCUCCUACCUUCUAGAUUCCACAGAAGUUCUGAUGCACGUCUUGUGGGACUAGCUCUCCUGGAAGAAAGUCUAUUGUGGAGAUGCAGCAUAGUCACAGCUUAGGGGUUGGUUCCCAUAAGGUAUGUAGGAGAAUUUGUGUAAAGUUUGGAAGGAAGGGGAUGAGCCACUGGCGGAUGCAAAGCUGCGGGGGCAGGUUCGUGAGUCAUGCUUGGAUUGCUUAAUUAGUGAGCACUUGCAAAGGUCCCAGCUUCGAGUUCUAGUCCGGCAUACAGUUUUAAUUUGCCAGAAAAUUUCAAAUCAGCUCGCACUCUGCUACAGAGUGAAAAUUCAUUCUGUAGUGUUCUCUGCUUAUGUAUCAGUGGCAGUGACAACAGUUUUUGCCAUCUUUGGAUUUAACAGUUAGCUUUGCCAACUUCAUUUUUAAUGUUAAUGACAGGCUCAAGCUACAGGGAUGAAAAUGUCACUAUUCUUACAUUAUACAAUUAUUGUGUGCAAAUAGCAGUUACUCUCUAUAUAUAGGUUUGAGUUCUUAGAAAGAGAUGUUUUACCAAGUUUUCGAUUUGUAGUUACUAUAUGUCAGGCAUACAAGUGCCUCGCUCCUCGUGUCCAAGGUAGAGGACCACACAUGUUACUUCGCUUCACUUCACACAUUUCUAUUCCUUGAAAGCCUUCUUUUUUGAAAAAGUGUUUUAGCUGCAGAAAUAUCACAACAGUGCUUCCAAUGUAUGGAUUUAAGCUUUA